CUCGCCCUCGCCGCCUCCCUCCCUGGACGGCGAGUGCGGAGUCACCCCGCCGCCCCGCAGAGAAGGGGGUGCCCGCGGCGGUGUUGGCACCUGCGACCUGCCGGGAGCCUAGCGCAGCACCAUGCUGGCCGCGAGGCUCGUGUGUCUCCGGACGCUGCCGUCCAGGGCCUUCCGCCCGGGCCUUUCCACCAAGGCCGCCCCUGUGCUGAGGGGCCCCGUCAGGAAGGACCCCUGGCCCUUAGCCCCCAGCAGGGAAUAUGCCACCAAGACAAGAAUUGGGAUCCGGCGUGGGAAAACCGGACAAGAACUCAAGGAAGCAGCAUUGGAACCGUCAAUGGAAAAAAUAUUUAAAAUUGAUCAGAUGGGAAGAUGGUUUAUUGCUGGAGGGGCUGCUGUUGGCCUUGGUGCAUUGUGCUACUAUGGCUUGGGAAUGUCUAAUGAGAUUGGAGCAAUUGAAAAGGCUGUAAUUUGGCCUCAGUAUGUGAAGGAUAGAAUUCAUUCUACCUACAUGUACUUAGCAGGAAGCAUUGGUUUAACAGCCUUGUCAGCCCUGGCAGUGAGCAGAACUCCUGUUCUCAUGAACUUCAUGAUGAGAGGCUCUUGGGUUACAAUUGGUGCAACCUUUGCAGCCAUGAUUGGAGCGGGAAUGCUGGUACAGUCAAUACCUUAUGACCGGAGCCCAGGCUCAAAGCACCUUGCUUGGUUACUGCAUUCUGGUGUGAUGGGCGCAGUGGUGGCUCCUCUGACGAUAUUAGGGGGGCCUCUUCUCAUCAGAGCUGCAUGGUACACGGCAGGCGUCGUCGGAGGCCUCUCCACCGUGGCCAUGUGUGCACCCAGUGAGAAGUUUCUGAACAUGGGAGCACCCCUGGGAGUGGGCCUGGGCCUCGUCUUUGUGUCCUCACUGGGAUCUAUGUUUCUUCCACCUACCACUGUGGCUGGUGCCACUCUGUACUCUGUGGCAAUUUAUGGUGGAUUAGCUCUUUUCAGCAUGUUCCUUCUGUAUGACACACAGAAAGUCAUCAAGCGUGCAGAAAUAGUGCCAGUAUAUGGAGUUCAAAAAUAUGAUCCCAUCAAUUCGAUGCUGGGAAUCUACAUGGAUACAUUAAAUAUAUUUAUGCGAGUUGCCACUAUUCUAGCAACUGGAAACAGCAGAAAGAAGUGAAGCGACUCCACUUCUGACAUCGUUAGUGCAUCAGGUUCCUGGCUUGUCUAGUAGGGCAGGUAUUCAUUAAAUAGUUUGUUCAAGCAGCUUUCGUUGAAGUUUAGAAGAUAAGAACUUGUCAUCAUGUUUGAAAUGUCCCAGUGAUAUGAUCCUUCAGGUCUGCUUUUCCUUCUGGAGAAUAAAUUCAGUAGUUCUCUGCCAGAUAAGCGCACACGUGUUCAGUUCUCAUUUUUGAGUAAUUCUGAAAUGUUUUAAUGAAUGUGAAAACUGAGGUUUGUGUAUGAGAAUUUAAGUGUUUUAAAUUUUGUUUUGUUUGUUAAGUAAAAAUUAGCAAACUUGUGUUUACCUGUUUAGAUUUUGAAAUGCAGAAUAUUAACAAGUAAUGUCAUGAGUGGCAUGGAGAUUUGGUAAAGGGACCAGGAAGAAAUAAAGGGUCACCUGCAACCUUCCUUUGAAUACUGGCUUUAGGACUUGCUAUUUGGAAACAAGUGAUCACUUUAACGUUUGUCUCCUUAACUUACCGAAAGCAUUGAGCACAAAACAAAGGCGUAGGUAACAUUGCCUGCUGUUCCUUUGCCAGCCUCUUUCCAGCAGAGAUGUGACCAUAAUGGCUUCUCAUUAUUUGACAUUGGUAGGACACUCCAGAAUGUAAUCAUACAGAAUUCCUGGUAUAAAAUACGUGUGUGUGCAAGCUUUAUUUUUGAAUAUUCUAGAACAAAAUAUUCCUUAAAAUACUUCCUCAGGAUAAAAUAUUCAAAGUAUACAAACAAUUGCUGGAUUUUUUGCAUAUUUAUUGAAAUGUUUAAUAGAAUACAUGCUUGUUUUUUUCACCUCUUCAAUUUUUGCAGCUUUAUUAGAAAAAUCUGUUUGUGGUUUACACUAUGAAGGCAGUUUUUCUCCUGAGACUUGGUUUCUCGGGUUCCCUCUCAGAUAAAACACUAAAAGAAGGAAAGCAAAGCUACUCUUUCUUCCUGGAGUACAUCAGUCAGAUUGUAAUGGGCAAAAUACUUCCUGAGAGUGUCCUCUAGGAGAAUUUUCCUUCUCUCCUUCAAAGACUGUUCCUUAACUCUCUUGUGACAUUUAUAAAUGUUUGAGAACAAAAGAGUUAUUUUUAGAAGUUCUUAAUGAAUGAAAUGAGUGUGUAUGAUUAUUGAAAUGAUUGGUGUUUUUGACAAGAAUUUAUUACUGUAAUCCAGAAAAAAGUAUUCUAGCCACAUCAAGUUACCGAGGAUGCUUAUUUUUGAAAUAUUAAAGGUUCCAGCCAGAUGGUC